CUCCCGCCCAGAGCCAUGGCCGCCCGGUGAGAGUUUGGAGCAUGUAAGGAGCUGCCAGAGGAAUCACUAAUACUUUCAUUUCUGCUUCUUCAGAUGUUCCUGCCCCAGUCUGUGCCUUUAGGAGUGUGACGUUUGUUGGUGCUGAGUGCAGCCCGCUGCGGGACGGACAGUAUCAUCACGCAGCCAAGAUGGUGGCAUUUAACUGGAAGGCUUUGGAGAAUUUCCCAUUGCUGAUGUACAUUUUGGCAGCUAAAACAUUGAUUCUUUGCUUAGCUUUUGCUGGAGUAAAAAUGUACCAGAGCAAAAAAAUUGAAGAAAAACUGAAGAGGGAACGUGAAGAGAAAUUUAAAACAGAAGUAGAGAAGAAGGAUGAUUGAAGAAUCUCUCAGAUUUUCUGACACUUGGCAGCUUGCAUUGGAUUCCUUUCCUGGGAGAACAAAGCCUUCCUGUAGAUGAAGGAUGUGUCAAAGGAAUAAAGCCCUCAAGAGUAACAUUUGCUUAAACUGUAUCUCAACUUUUUAUACGUACAGCAAAAUAUCUAAGCCUCUAUUUAUGCAAUA